CAUUGUAUUGCACACCUCCAAAAAAAACACGGCCUCCGAUUUAUCAAUAUAAAACAGAUCCUCCGAGAGGAGGAGGAGGGCACUGGUGUGUGAUGGCAACUUCACUUCUAGGGGUGAGUCUCGCUCAGGGCUUUCUCUCGCCGCUUUAAUGAGGUUCCCUUUUUAUGGCCGAUCGGAGGGGGGUUCGAGUCGCCCCGGCCAGGCCACGGGCUAUCAGUCUCUAUGGAGAGUUUUUUCCCCCUCCCCCCCCCCUUUCUUCUUUAAAUACAAGGGAGUUUGGAGAAAAGAAAGAGGGGGAGAGGGGGGCAGAGGCAUUUUUGUGAGCGCAGGAAGAGGUUCGGAGGGCACUCAGACCGGCCGCCUCGCCGCGCCCGGCCGCUCCCCGCCCGGGAGACCUGCGCUCCUGCCCAUUUUGCAGGCGACGAUUUCGGGGGUGAAAAGAGAGCAAGUUUUUUUUCCUCCUGGGCAAACGGCAGAUUUUCCUCUCACCCCCUUAAACAAUUCCGCAGUCCUUGUCUUGCAGGAAGAACCGCGGUUGGGAUCCACUCCUCUGGCCAUGCUCGCUGCUACCUGCAAUAAGAUCGGCAGCCCCAGCCCGUCGCCCUCCUCCCUCUCGGACAGCUCCUCUUCCUUCGGCAAGGGCUUCCACCCCUGGAAACGCUCCUCCUCGUCCUCCUCGGGCAGCUGCAAUGUAGUGGGCUCCGGCCUGUCCGGCUUCGGCGGCGUGGCGGGGGCCUCCCGGAGCGGCGGCUCGUCCUCGGCGGCGGCGGCGGCGGCGGCUGCGGCGGCGGCGGCCGCGGCCCUGGUGUCCGACUCGUUCGGCUGCGGCGGCUCUCCGGGCUCCAGCGCCUUCUCCCUCACCUCCAGCAGCGCCGCCGCCGCCGCGGCCGCCGCGGCCGCCGCCUCCGCCUCGCCCUUCGCCAACGACUACGCGGUGUUCCCGGCGCCCGGCGUGUCCGGGGCCGGCGGCGGCGGCGGGGGCGGCGGGGGCGGCGGCGGCGGCUCCUCCUCGGCGCACUCGCAGGACGGCGCCCACCAGCCCGUGUUCAUCUCCAAGGUGCACGCCUCGGUGGACGGGCUGCAGGGCAUCUACCCGCGCGUGGGCAUGGCGCACCCUUACGAGUCGUGGUUCAAGCCCUCGCACCCGGGCCUGGGCGCCGCCGCCGCCGCCGCGGGCGACGUGGGCGCGGCCGGCGCCUCCAGCUGGUGGGACGUGGGCGCGGGCUGGAUCGACGUGCAGAACCCGAGCGGCGCGGCGGCGGCGCUGCCGGGCUCGCUGCACGCGGCCGCCGGGGGGCUCCAGACCUCGCUGCACUCGCCCCUCGGAGGCUACAACUCGGACUACUCGGGCCUCGGCCACUCGGCCUUCAGCAGCGGCGCCUCCUCGCACCUGCUCGGCCCCGCCGCCGGCCAGCACCUCAUGGUGGACGGCUUCAAGCCCGUGCUGCCCGGCUCCUACCCGGACUCGGCCCCGUCGCCGCUGGCCGGCGCGGGGGGCUCCAUGCUGGGCGCGGGGCCGGCGGCGGCGCCGCUGGGGGGCUCCCCGCGCUCCUCCGCGCGCCGCUACUCCGGCCGCGCCACCUGCGACUGCCCCAACUGCCAGGAGGCCGAGCGCCUGGGCCCCGCGGGGGCGAGCCUGCGGCGCAAGGGCCUGCACAGCUGCCACAUCCCCGGCUGCGGCAAGGUGUACGGCAAGACGUCGCACCUGAAGGCGCACCUGCGCUGGCACACGGGCGAGCGGCCCUUCGUGUGCAACUGGCUCUUCUGCGGCAAGCGCUUCACGCGCUCCGACGAGCUGCAGCGGCACCUGCGGACCCACACGGGCGAGAAGCGCUUCGCCUGCCCCGUCUGCAACAAGCGCUUCAUGCGCAGCGACCACCUCAGCAAGCACGUGAAGACGCACAGCGCCGGCGGCUCCGCGGGCUCCGGCAGCGGCGGCAAGAAGGGCAGCGACACCGACAGCGAGCACAGCGCCGCGGGCAGCCCGCCCUGCCACUCCCCGGAGCUGCUGCCGCCCCCCGAGCCCGGCCACCGCAAUGGCCUGGAGUGACCGCGAGCCCCGCGCCUCCUGGCCCUCCUCCCCGUGGCCUCCUCCCGCCCCGGCCGGUCCCCGUCUGUCUGUCCGUCCUGGCCUCCGCUCCUGCCUCUUUC